GCGACCCACGCCGCGUAAUAAAACUCCUACGCGCCACCAAGAAAUAAACUGUGUUUUCACUAAAAAACUACAGAAUGUUUACAAAACUAGUCGAUUUCUAGAGAAAGUUUUCACAAAUUUAAGUGUAUUAAUAACGUUAUAUUAUGAAGUACAAGAGAUAGUAUUUACAGGCUUAAGUGUUGUAUGAUGAUAAUCAAUAAUAUGAAAGUAGGUUUGGACAUCCUACAUAGUGUUGUAGACCUAAAAUAAAGAAAUCAAGGAACCUGUUAUGUUACCAAGUGAGAAUGGAUGAAAAUGAUAUAAUAAUUUCUUCUACGGAGAUAAUUAAAGAUAGAUUAUAUUUCGCAACACUCAAAACUGGUUACAAACCAAAGCCUACGCGCAAUAGUAAAUACUUCCACAUUGAAGAUGAGAUUGUAUAUGAAAACUUCUACUACGAUUUUGGACCUUAUCAUUUGUGCCAUUUGUAUCAAUUUUGCAACAAGCUUAAUGAAGAAUUGGAGAAGAAUCCGAAGAAAAAGAUUGUCUUCUACACCAGCAAUAGUGAAACACUUAGGCUUAACGCGGCCUAUCUUAUUGGGAGUUAUCAGAUAAUAUAUCUUGGCUCUUCCCCUGGUACGGUCUACAAGCAGUUAACAGAAGGCACUUGGACCUUAUUAAACUUCCGUGAUGCGUCAGGCGGCCCAGCGCUCUUUGAUAUAUCUCUUCUAGAUGUGCUGCAGGGCAUCAAAGUGGCUCAUGAUGCGAAAUUCUUCGACUUCGAGCACUUUGAUACGGAACAGUAUUUGUUUUAUGAGAAAGUAGAGAACGGUGAUCUCAACUGGAUAAUACCCGGGAAAAUGCUGGCGUUUUCCGGUCCCCACCAUCGCUCGCGUUUGGACCGGGGUUACCCACUACAUAGCCCGGAGCACUACCACGAAUAUUUCAAGAAGCACCACGUGACCACAAUCGUCCGGCUUAACAAAAAAUCAUACGAUGCCCGACAGUUUACUGCGCAUGGAUUUGAGCAUAGGGAGUUGUUCUUUGUCGACGGUUCCGUGCCUUCGGAUCUGAUAGUCAACAGGUUCAUAAGGAUCUCUGAGGUGGCGAAGGGCGCUGUUGCUGUACAUUGCAAAGCUGGUCUUGGCCGUACAGGAACUCUGAUAGCAUGCUAUAUGAUGAAGCACCAUGCCUUCACAGCUCGCGAGGCAAUCGCGUGGCUACGGAUCUGCAGACCUGGAUCUGUUAUUGGACACCAGCAGUGGUUCCUUGAGAACAUUCAACCUCGGAUGCAUGCCGAAGGAGAUGCACAUCGUAGAAGACACAACAUUACAUGCCUACCCGUGUUUGCACGAGGCAUAUACAGCGACUUGGCUCCAGAACCGGUACCAAUACAUGACAAACCAGUUUCGUUGCAAACUAUAUUACACGCCAAGAACGCUAAUACCAAUAAGCUGGACAAUGCCAAUGCACUUAACGCGAACGAGACUGACCGAGAAAAUAAUAUAACGCCCGUCAUUGGCAAGUACAAGACUACCGCUUCCCCGAUGUUACCAGUUAAAGUGUUCACACCGAAAAUGAACUAUAUGCUUCCCACAAACAAUGUAAAGAACGCCAAUAACACCAACCUCAAACCACAGCCGAGAUUAAUAAACUCAACGAUAAAAUCUCACUACGCGGCCAAAACAUCCACUUUCCCCCCCACAAGAGGUGCCAACUCCCAAGCCAAAUUAACUGGGGUCAAAGCUCAGUUUACGGGCAAAAACAGCUUCCACGGCCGUGCCAAUCUUGCCCGACCGGCAAAUUACACUCACGGCGCAAGCCCCAUCAAGACAUUUACCAGAAAAGCAAUGAGUGUCACAAAAAUGACGUCAAACGAUACAAACGCCGUCACAACCGUCAGCAACGUUACCACAACUUUGACAACGCUGACGGAAAAUUGUCAUUUGAAUGGCAAAAACCGUCUUCCAUCAGAGCCGAAUCUCAAAGCCGCACCAAAAACUCCCGUAAUAAACAGUGCCAGGAAGAAAAUGAUUGUUCGAUCGAAUUCCAGUUCUCGUAAAAAACUUCCUAAAAGUGUCACCAAAAGUAAUCUCGAAGCCAGCCAAGAGCUAUCAUCGAGCGAUACCAAUAUAACCAACAUCUCUGUCGAUUCUCUAGAGACACCCUUCAGGUUCAGACGGAAACGGGAUAAAUCUAAAAGUCCCGAACCGAUGGACACUUUAUCUAACUCGGUUAUAACUGCUGAUGUGACUCCAGAAAACUACGAGGAGACAAAUAAUUCGCAAGGGAAUAAGUUGUAUAAAAUUAAGGCGUUACGAAAAAAAUGUCCUGCAUUCGGCGUGAGUUUACUGAAGAAAGAGGGUGUCCAAACAAGGUCGAGUAGUUGCGCUAGCGGUUCAACCGUGAAGAAGAAAUGAUCUCUACUUAGCGUAGCGAGUUAGUUAUAGUUGUGCAUAGCACAUGUAUUUGUUUUAGGCAACUCGAGGGACAAUUUUGAUAAUCUAUUGGAAUCAAAUGCAUAUUUACAACUAUUAUCAAUAAAAACGAUUUUGCAGACAUCAUAUUUGACGUUAUCAAAAAUGAUCCUUCGAGCCAGAUUGGUAGGUUUGUUUAGAUUGUUGCCGACUGACUCGUUAACCCAUAUCACGUUUGUUUCCUAAUAAAAAGGUUUUCUAAACAAAUUUAUCAAUUAAGUAAUCGCUUUAUAGACCCCAUUAAUUGCUAAAAUACGCGUAUCCGUGGGCGUUUCGCUCAAAUAUUCGGAUUAAGUCAUAUAAUUUUUUUUCAGUUUAAAACAGGUACAAACAGGCAUAAUUUAAAUAUAUGUAUUUAGAGAAAAUACUUGACGUUUUAAACUUACGUAUAUCAUGAGAGGCGCCUGCGAUUUCGUAUUUUAGUAAUGAGCCUAAAUGUUUAUUAUAUUUCAUAUUAUAUAGACAUAAGUGGUUGAAUGUCCAAUAAUUAUGUUUCAGCUGUGUUAAGUUUCAAAACUGUUUUGCAUACUAUAUAUUUACCCACCUUUCUUCUAUCUAUAUUCUUUUUU